CCUCCUUGUCUGUUUAUGGCCGUUUCUCAACAGCGCCGCCCGUGCGCGCGGGCACGCGCUCGCCCGCCGGACUCCUGGGUUGCUCGCGGAGCUUCGGCAGUGUUUGGCGCGCACCAGACGCCCCAGCUGGUUCGGGUAAAUCCCAAGGCGCACGGUCACCAGACCCUAAACAGUGUGCAGCGUGAGGGACGGCCACGCUGCUUCCCGGCGCACGGGCGGCCUUCCCCGGAACGGGCACGGUGCAGGGGACGCGUGUGCGCAGGCGAAGCUCGCCCCGGAGCGCCCCGACGUCCGCAGUUCUCGCCAGCCCAGCCAAAGCCACCCGCAGGUUUCUGCCACCCUUUGGCUGUGCCGUACCCCGUGGAUUCAGAGCCGGCCUGCGGGGGAAGGCCGCGCCAGCGGGUCGUGGCUUCUGGGCGCAGUGUGGCAGGUCUGGCCUCGGCCCCAGGCUGGCCUCGGCCGGAGUGUGUGGGCCUGGCACGCGCACGGGUGGGGCCCGGCGUCCCCACGUGGGCGGCUUCCGUUGGCAGCGCGGAGCUGGAAGCGAUCUGGCCUCUGCUCCUCGUGGCGACCCCAGCGCGCCUGUCCCGCCGAGGGGCCCCUGGGAGAGGCCGCACCAUGCCCUGGUGGAGGAGACUGUGCGUUGGACAGAGGGAGCCUGAAGAUGUGAGUAAGAAAGACUUGGGCAAAGACACGGCUGCCAGCACUGUGGCUGUUGAGGACAUCACAAAGGAUGAGCAGAUGCCUGAAACGAUCCAACAGAUUCCUUCUUCAGAAGGCAGCUUGGAAAAGGUAGCAGAGCCUCCCGAGGCCCAGGCUAACAACGUCGGAGAACCCCAUGGGGAGGCUGGAGAGGCAGCGGCCAGAGAGAGCGAGCGAAAACAGUCCACCGAGAAGGCGGAAGACACCCUGACGCACCAGCAGAGCCACACAGAAGAACUCUCUCUGACCACUGAGUCUGGUCAAGCAGCAGCAGAAGGCAAAGAUGAGGGAGAAGGGGCGCUGGAAAAGGAGCCCACCAAGUCCCCAGAGUCCCCCACCAGCCCGGUCACCACCGAGACUACAUCGACCUUCAAGAAAUUCUUCACCCAAGGUUGGGCUGGCUGGCGAAAAAAGACCAGUUUCAGGAAGCCAAAGGAGGAUGAACUGGAAGCUUCUGAGAAGAAAAAGGAGCAAGAGCCAGCAAAGGCAGACACGGAGGAAAACGAGCAGACAGAAGCUGCCUCUGAGCAGCUCACGGCUCCCGAGCAGCCCCCGAAGCCCGCAGAAGGUGCGGACGAGGCCAGGUUGUCGGCUGACUAUGAGAAGGUGGAGCUGCCUCUGGAAGAUCCAGUCAGUGGCGCACAGGCCCCUUCUGCAGAGAAGUGCGCUCCGCUGGCAACAGAAGUGUUUGAUGAGAAAAUAGAAACCCACCAGGAAGUUGUAGCCGAGGUCCACGUUAGCAGUGAGGAGAAGAAAACAGAGGAGCAAGAGGCAGCCGUGGGAGAAACAGAAGCUUUGCCACCUGAAAAGCUGCUGGAAACCAGUGCUCAGGAAACUCAGGAAGCUGAACUCGCCGAGGCGCUGGAAAAGACCAAAGACGGGUGUGCCUCCGGGGGAGACCACAGCCGGCCCAUAGAGCUGAGCCCCGACGAGAAGGCGCUGCCCAGACACCCCGAGAGCAUCAUGAGUGAGGCUGCCACGCUGUCAUCACAGGACAGAGUCAAGGUGCAGGGGAGCCCCCUGAAGAAACUGUUCUCUAGCACCGGCUUAAAGAAGCUUUCUGGAAAGAAACAGAAGGGGAAACGAGGAGGAGGCGGAGGAGGAGAGGAGGAGACGGGGGAAAAUCACCAAGGUGCCGCAGAGUCUCCAGACAGUGCGGAUGAGCAGAAGGGCGAGAGCUCGGCUUCGUCCCCGGAGGAGCCCGAGGAGAUCACGUGUCUGGAGACCGGGAUCGCAGAGGGGCAGCGCGAGGGCGAGGCCGAAGAAGGAGCCGCUUCGGAUGGAGAGAGAAAGCGAGAAGGCGUCACUCCCUGGGCGUCUUUCAAAAAGAUGGUGACACCCAAGAAGCGAGUUCGACGGCCUUCUGAAAGCGACAAAGAGGACGAGGUGGACAAGCCGGAGAAGGUGAAGAGUGCCACCUUGUCUUCCACGGAGAGCGCGGCCUCUGAAAUGCAAGAAGAAGUCAAAGGGACCGGGGAAGAGCAAAAGCCAGAAGAGCCCAAGCGCAAGGUGGACACUUCGGUGUCUUGGGAGGCGCUGAUUUGUGUGGGCUCCUCCAAGAAAAGAGCAAGGAAAGCAUCCUCUUCUGAUGAGGAGGGAGGACCAAAAGUGAUGGGAGAAGACGGCCACAAAGCGGAGGACGCUGCCAGAGACAAGGAAACCGGAACUGAUUCUGUCCUUGCUGGCACCCAGGAACCGGAGCCGGGGCCAGGGAGCUCCUCCCCCGAGCCCGCGGGCAGCCCCUCCGAAGGGGACGGCAUUUCCACCUGGGAGUCAUUUAAAAGAUUAGUGACCCCCAGGAAAAAGCCCAAGUCAAAACAGGACGAGAAAAACGAAGAGUCUGUAGAGCAUUCAGCUUCAGAUGUUGAACCCGGGAGAGAAGAGUCUUGGGUUUCAAUUAAGAAGUUUAUCCCUGGACGGCGGAAGAAAAGGGCAGACGGGAAACAAGAACAGGCCACUAUAGGGGACACGGGGCCCGCAGAAAUCAACGAAGAGGACUCUGAUGUGCCAGCCGUGGUGCCUCUGUCCGAAUAUGACGCCGUGGAGAGGGAGAAGAUGGAAGCUCAGCAAGCCCACCAAGGCGAAGCGCCAGCUGAGCAACAGGUGGGCCCGACCGAGGAGCUCAGCCAGACUCUGGCUCCCUGUGCGACAGUGGCUGUCGUCGACGGGACACGGGCAGCUGCCAGUGUGGAAGAACGGUCUCCUUCUUGGAUAUCUGCCUCCGUGACGGAGCCUCUUGAACAAGCACAAGAUGAAACCACACCAGUAAGUGGGGAGAUGACCGAAAGCGAAGUCACUGCAGGAGAAACAGCCACCGCCACCCAGACUGUGCCCGACGACAGGAUCACCGGUGACGUGGAAUUAACUUCCGAGGCUGUGGCCGCUAGAGAGACCUCAGAGGUGCUCUGCGCCGCUGAAGAAGCUGCCGAAGCGUCGGCUGCAGAAGAGACCACAGAGAUGGUGUCGGCCGUUUCCCAGCUCACUGACUCCCCGGACACCACGGAGGAAGCCACCCCAGUUCAGGAGGUGGAAGGCGGUGGGCCAGAUGCGGAAGAGCAGGAGCGGCAGACGCAGGCCGUCUUACAGGCGGUUGCAGAAAAAGUCAGAGAGCAGUCACAGCUGCCCGAGAGCAGCGGGGCCGAAGGUGUGGCUCUGCCCAUGCAGAGAGCGGAGCCAAAAGCCCUGGAGAGAGUGGAGGAGGCAGAGGAAGACUCGGAAGCACCUGGGCUGGAGGAAGGGGUGGGUGCUGCGUUGAGAGCAAACGCAGGAGAAAUGAAAACUGAGCCUUUUUCACAAGGCGAGGUGACAGCGCAGGCCGCCCCCGAGGAAGCUCCUCAGGGCUUGGCGAGUGUAGCGUCCGGGGAGCUGAUAACCUCAGGCCAACCCGAGCCCUUGGCUGGGGUGCAGCCCCCCGAGCAGCCUGUCCUCCCCGACUCAGCGGAUACCCUGACAGACAGCGACACCAACGGAAGCACGCCCGUGGCAGACGUUGAGGCGCUGGAUACCGUGCAGCAAGAUGAGGUCACGGACGGGCAGGACCACAGCAUGGUGGCAUCUGGUACCCAGUCACAGGUCACAGAGGCAGAGGCAGCUCCUGCCGAGACAGAGGGGCCUUCAGCACCGCCUACCAUUCUAUCCCAGGAAGAAUGUAAAGGACAGUUACAACCGGAAGAAGUCCCAGAACCUGCAGAUCCAGAGCUGUCAGCGGAGGCUGUAACCGAAAUGUCCGAGACUGAGGUGAUGCCAGAGCCCGGCAAGCUCGCAGAUGGGGAAGCCGAGGACAGAGAGAGCAUCGAAGGACUGGGGGCAUCUGCACACGUGGCCAGGCAGGAGGAGGCUGGUGAGGUUCCCCGUAGAAGUGAAUUCACUGAAGGGGCAGAGGGGCAGAAGAGUCCGGGCCCAGAAGACGGGGAGAGCGCAGCCCGAGGAGAAAAGGAGGAAACUGAAGCAAGGGCAGCACAAGGGAGUGAAGGAGAAGCUGAGCCCAAGUCAGAUGUUCCCGCCGCAGAUGGGGACAGGGGAGUGAGCGGCGUGGAGGGAAGCUCGCCCGCUCCAGAGCAGCAGGAGGAGGCAAGGUGUGUGGAGGCCCUGGUGGCUGUCACAGCUGCUGCGGUGGAGGAGGAGGAGGAGGAGGUGUUCGGAGGCCCUGGCAAGGUUUCAGAUACCGCUGAGGCUUCGGAGCCCGCACAGAGGCCCCCUGGAGAAGGCGAGGCUGGGACUCCGCAGCCAGGAGCCGAUGCCGCAGCCGCAGGGCCUGAUCCGCGGGCAGAAUCAGAACCAGUAACGGUGUCGGAUGCGCCUGAGAGAGACCAGCGCCCGGGCCUGGAGGGAGAGGGCGGCGCGCUGCAGAGACCGAAGGCCGAGGAAGACGACAGGCAGCCCGGCUGUCGGGGAGAUCGGGUGAGCCCGGCCGCAGACGCCGGUCCCGCGGCUGGAAACCAGGCCUUGGCGCUUGAGACCGAGAGCAGUAAGCUGGUGCAGAACGUGCUGCAGACCGCCGUGCACCAGCUCGCCCGCGCCGAGGAGACCGCGCCCGCCCGCGCAGCUGUGGAGGCGGACGGCCGGCGGGCCGGGCAGGACCCCGCGGAAGAAGUCGGAGGGCCGCGGGCGCCUGUGCCGGGCGACACCCAGACUGUGGCCACCCAGCCCGGGUCUGCCCUCGCCGCCGAGCCACCCCAGCACCCUGACGGUGCCGGAGAUGUGAACGGGGUUCCCGAAAAGCCCCUGGCCGUGGAGGCGGCCGGGUCCGGCACCAACGAGCAGCGGCUGGAGGACGCCGUGCCCCCGGCCCCUGCAGAGGGCGAUGCCGCGGGCGCAAAGCCUGGGGCCGCCGCCGACGGCUGUACCAGGGCGGGGGCAACAGCAGACGCGUCGCCUCUGGGCUCCAAAGACGGCGAGAAGGAGGGCCCAGCAGCAGCCCUGGCAGACACCGAGGCCCCGGGAGACUUCACCAGAGAGUCCCCAGACGCCAACGGACCAAAACUGAGCGAGGGGGAAGCCGGAGCUCAGGGAGCAAAGGUGCGCGGAGAGUCGGAGGCGGACGCCAAACCCCAAACGGAAGAGGAGCCGGCGGAGUCCUAAGGCACUUGAAUGCCACUGUGUAUUUGCAAGACCAGAAUGUGAAGACGAGUCACAGAGGGAAAUGCUGCUGCUGAGACUCAAAAGUGCUGUUCCAGAACCAUGAGAGCCAGAGAGCAGGCCCCCCCUUCUGACCUCCCGUCGGGAGCACCCCAACAAUCCUGAGGCUUCAUCAGGAGCUAUAGCCAUCUAACAUUGCCUUUUUUUGCAAGACCACCUAUUAUUUUCCCUUGAUAUCUUAUGAUACUUCUGACUUGAGGUCCUACAUUCUCGAUCUGGAACUGGAUGGAGUUCGCAACACCUUCUCAAACUGGAGUGUUCUUCAUGUAUUUAUGUGUGUUUUGAGUAACCCUCUUUAUCUAUUGUCUUCUUUCUUAGUGUAAAGACAUGUGCAGCGUAGUACACACCUUUCUUUCUCAUACCACAUGUGACAGGGUGUGCAGCUGUAGUGAGGCCCUGGCAAGUUUUAAAAAAGCCUCAGUUAUAACCUGUGAAAAACAGCUUCCAAGAAAUAACAUUCCUGGUGAGAAGGUACAAUCUUUAUCUAAAAAUUCACUACAGCCCAGGCCCAUGCUUAGUAGUACUCAGAAACUGGUCACUUUCCUAUUAUGUGCAGUGAGCUAAAAAUAAAAAGCUUUUUGCAACCCACAGAAUGUUCCAUUGUUACUGUGAAAUUUUUCUUUCUGGUUCAGCAGAGGUUGGAAGGAAGUUUUUCUUCACUAGCAGUUGAAGUCUUGUUGAGUCUUUCCCCCUAAUUGUUACGGUGGUUUGGACAGAUGAGUGUGCUUCAUUCUGAGGCUGCACAGUGAAGUGCUUUUCAUGUUACACAGAAAGAGAUGCCUAUUGUAAGUUUUUGAUUCUGCUCUUAGAUGCAUUCUGCAUUCACCCGCAGAAUGAAACGCGUCAAGUCCCCUUCUCUACCAAUGGUAUUUUGAUAGAUACUGGAGUGUGUCCAUGUCAUAUUUGUGCCCUUUCUUUUAAGAACAGUGUUGCAUUAUGUUCAUUUGGAUAAACUGUGAUUUAACAACUGAUUUAAAUAAAAUACUUGCUUUCACUUA